GCCAAGGGUCACCCCGAAGAGGCGAGGUCUUGGAUUAACUGUGGUCGACACUAUAUCAAGCCCUCUAAGAUCGUCAACAUACCCCUUUUCGUCACUGCGUUAAAACAGUGGUGGACUCGAGUUCGACCCGACUGUCGUCAUCAGGCUGAUUGGCCUUUGCUUCGCGACGUCCCCCUCGAUACGUCGUGGCAGUGCCUCGAGCUAGAUGAUCCCAACGGCAUAUUCAUGGUCAUUAUGUGCCUGUCGUGGUGG